AUGGGUACCUUCACAUGUGAGCCCAGUGACGAUUCUCCCAUCCAUAGUAUGCGCGAGGACAGCAUCACCUCUCCCUUUUUAUAUAUCCCUUCCUGUCCACAACACGAUGGCAAGCUCCAUCCCGUUGUCGAUGUCUUCGUGGCCCCGCAAUAUACUGGCGAUCCAGACGCAACACAGACAACUUUUAGGAUUAGUUCCGAUGACAAAGGCUAUUACCCAGCUCUCGAGGCUACCGACGUAACCAUGCACCAGAGUCGUUCUCCAGCAAUAUCAGAACUAGGGGCUUUGACGCCAGGAACCACAUUUUCCGCAACGAGCGAUGAAACGGGCCUUGGCGAGUCGCAGUUUUUGAUCAAGUCGUCCACAGACUCGUCAGCCGGAUCGAAUGCGUCCUACCUUUCCAGAAAGCGUAUCCACAGAGAAUCGAAAGAGAGUGCCAACCAAGAAACCGGCGGAGGGUUCCACGAUUCGCAACAUGCACAACAAAUGCCAAAAACACUUGAGAGAUCAUAUACCCCUCCCACCAGAACCAGCACGUUCGCCAAUAGAGUCGUGUCUCUCGAAAGCAACAAACCAAGUUUCACCGCAUCUCCAUCUCUAGCUCCUCUUCUAACGUCAACAACCGCGCUAUCCUCACCAAACCCGCCUUCCAUCUCAGACGGACAUAAUACCCCUGAAACCCAACGACAUCGGCCUUGGGACCCAGUGGUAAUCCGCCGCAACUCCUCCACUGCCAGUGAUGACGACCUGCAGCAGGACGAGUCCAGGGUGUACAGACCCAUCCCCGCGACCGUCAUAGACUGGACAUCCCCGUCAACUCGCAGACGCGAAUACGCAGAAAUCGACCGCUCGACCCGCGGCGUGAGGGGCAUGUGGCGGAAAAUUGGUCCCAGCUGGUGCCAGCCGGGCGGAAACAGGAUGAUGACCUUCUUCGAAGAGGGGAAAGGGGGCAAGGGCAUGUAUGAGGGUAGCGUCCGGCGGUUUCGAAUGGAUGUCCCUACCCGGGAUAGUAAUAAUAAUGACGGUGACGGUGACGGUGGCGGUGGCGGUGGCGGCGAUGAGACAAACGACGGUCAUAUCAAUGGAGGCCCUGGUGGUAACGGCGAUGAUGAGAAAGGUCGGUCUCGAAGAUCUAGUUUUAAAGUGAAAUGGAAGUGGAUUGAGAGUAGCAUAUCUCCUCCUGAGAGCGUUCGUGGUGGUGGUGGUGGUGGUGGUAAGGACGUGAAGGAGAGAGUGAACAUUAUUCAUGGGAAAUGGCGUUGUUUGAGCAUCGUACGGAAAGCGGCCUGA